AUGGCCCGACCGUCCUUUGACCAACUCCCUCUCAAUGAAGGCGACCCUCCCUUCUCUGCCUGGGGCUUGUACGGCAAGGAUGACGAACUGGGCACGCUGAACCUGCUGACGCCCGAGAUUGUGGCCGAGGCGGCCAAGGAAAUCAAAACCGGCACACGCGUAGGGUUGGACCUGCCUCUGAACUACCUGAAGCGACCGUCGCACAAUAGGCAGGCCCUCAAACACACCAUCAUCAAAUAUCCGAGGCCCAACCAUGAUGACUCGAUCGAGCUGAACACCCAGGUCUCUUCGCAAUGGGAUGGGCUCCGCCACGUGGCAUUCCAAAAGGAGCGACUGUUCUACCAGGGCGUGACGGUUGAGGAGAUCUCUGGCCCAGAUGCCGGCCCAAGGCUGGGAAUUCAUGCCUGGUGUGACAAUGGCGGCAUCGCCGGCCGUGGUGUGCUACUGGACUAUUGUCGAUGGGCCGAGGCCCAGCAACUUCCUGGGUACGACCAUAUGAGCAACCAUAAAAUCACGGCCAAGAACCUCGAGGCGGUGGCCAAGGCCCAGAACGUGACGCUCAAAAAAGGAGACAUCCUGCUGGUACGGUCGGGAUUCACAAAGGGCUACAGCCAGCUGAGCGACGACGAGAAGAUCGCCUGGAGCCAUAUAAAGGCGACCACGUGGAUCGGCCUGGAGACGUCCAUCCACACCGCCCGCUGGCUGUGGGAUACGGGAUUCGCGGCAGUGGGAGGGGACCAGCCCGGCUUGGAGAGCUUUCCCAUCUGGCAGAAGCCGGAGGAGGGCGGACUGGAGAAUCUGGCCCUGCACGAGGUUCUGCUCAGUGGAUGGGGGAUGCCGAUCGGCGAAUUCUUCAAUCUCGAGAAACUCAGUGAGGAAUGUGAGAAGCAAGGACGAUAUUCCUUCUUCAUCGCCAGUAUGCCUCUGAAUGUCCCUGGUGGUGUGGGAAGUCCUCCCAACGCCAUGGCCAUAUUUUAA